AUGUCGGCGCCAGCGGCGAGCCAGCGUAAGCAGCAAGAUCUGCAAAACCAAUAUGGCAUUUAUAAGAACACGCUGCAGCAAAUUGCGCAGAAAAUCGGCGACGUAGAGCAGGAAGCCGAGGAGCACAAGCUCGUGCUGGAGACGUUGCAGCCCUUGUCCGCAGACCGCAAGUGCUUUCGUUUGAUCAACGGGGUGCUGAUGGAGCAGACGGUCAAGGACGUCAUGCCGGCGCUGACGACGAACUCGGAGGGUCUGAAGAAGGUUCUGGAGGAUCUGGUGAAGCAGUACAAGACCAAGCAGGACGAGCUGGAGAAGUGGAAGAAGAAGAACAAUGUCCAGGUUGUUCAGAACUAA